AUGCUAAUGAUGAAAACCUGCCGUCGCCUCCCUCUUAGCCUGCAGUCGCCUUCGCCCUCCCAUCCCGUCAUCGCAGCCUCCUCUCGUCCCGCCGUCGCCUCCCCUUCUCAUUCCGUCGUCGCCUCCCCUUCCCGUCCCCCCAUCGCCUCCCCUUCUCAUUCCGCCGUCGUCUCUCCCUCUCACUCCACCGUCGCCUCCCCCUCUCAUUCCGCAGUCGCCUCCCCCUCUCGUCCCGCAGUCGCCUCCCCCUCUCGUCCCGCAGUCGCCUCCCCCUCUCAUUACGCCGUCGCCUCCUCCUCUCAUUCCGCCGUCGCCUCCCCCUCUCGUCCCGCCGUCGCCCCUCCCUCUCGUCCCGCCGUCGCCCCCCCCCCCUCUCAUUCCGCCGUCGCCUGCCCCUCUCAUUCCGCCGUCGCCUCCCCUUCUCGUCCCGCCGUCGCUUCUCCAUCACAUCCCGUCGUCGUUGCUGAAGACAGCUGCACGAGUGCGAACUGGUGGGCGAGCGCGGGUUGA